GAAAUGGGAAAAGCUACGAGGUGGCUGAAGAGCUUAUUUGGUAUAAAGAACAGCAAAGACUGCUCGGAUUCCGGUGACCGGAAAGGAAGGAAACGGUGUAGCAUCGGUCAUUCAAGGAGGAACUCAAGCGGCAGAUUGUGUAACACUACAACAAUAUCACCGGUAGAUGCGUGGUUAAGAUCAUACUCUGAUGAAACAGACAAGGAGCAGAACAUGCAUGCAAUUGCUGUGGCGGCUGCCACCGCAGCAGCUGCUGAUGCGGCAAUAGCCACUGCAAAGGCGGCUGUGGCAGUGGUGAGGCAUACAAGUCAUGGAAGAGGAAUCAUGUCCGGUAAACACGAGAGAGGGGCCGCCGUUAAAAUUCAAACUGUCUUUCGAGUAUAUCUAGCUAGAAGAGCCCUUCGAGCUUUGAAAGGAUUAGUGAAGAUGCAAGCGUUAGUUAGAGGAUAUUUAGUGAGGAAACAUGCUACCAUAAUGUCUCGGAAAGCUCGCGGACUUGUUGUUAACCAUGAAGCCAACAGAUUCGACAUCCGAGCACGAAAAUCAAUGGAGAGAUUGUAUCCUUUUGACACUGCAAAUGGCAUUGAUGAAAGUUCCAAAAUUGUGGAGGUUGACAAUGGCACGCCUAAAUCAAGAUCUCGCAGAUCGGACUUCCAUGAUGAUCAGCCGCUUCAUCGGACGUUGUCGUCUCCGUUUCUAUGUCGAGUUCCGGAGCCCCGAGUUUCGAUACAGGAAGGCCGGCACUUUCAAGACAGCGAGUGGGGUUUAACUGGUUAUGAAUGCAGAUUUUCUACAGCGCAGAAUACACCUCGGGUCAUGAGUUCUUGUGGGUCUAAUGCCUCGGUUGCACCUCCCAAGGGUGUGUGCGCUGAUAACUGGUUUAGACAUUACGGGAAUUUCCCAAAUUACAUGGCCAACACACAAGCCUUCAAGGCUAAAUUGAGGUUCCAGAGUGCUCCAAAGCAAAGGCCAGAGCCGGGGCCCAAAAAGCGCCUUUCUCUCGGGAAUCUAGACGUGGGGUUGGGAAGCAGAGAUGGUUCUCUCAAGUUCAGGGUUGAGUGA